UUUCAAUAAUAUUAUAUACGGGAUUGUUUUAUAUUUUAUAAAUUGUAUAUCAUAAAUUUUCAAGUAUAUUAGUUGAAAAAUAAGCAGUCAGUGUUUAAAAAAUAUGUAGUGUAAAAGUUGAUUUUCGACUAGAAAUACCAUUCAAAGUUUAUCAACAUGAAGAUUCUGCAGCCGAGCUGGGUCCAUCACGAUGAAAAAUCCAUUUUUUCCAUCGACAUCCACCCCGGCGGAGAAAAAUUCGCCACCGGCGGUCAGGGAAAUGAUUCGGGUCGAGUCGUUAUCUGGAACAUGGCACCGGUUGUUAACGAAGAAGCGGAGAAAAAUAAAAACCUACCUAGAAUAUUGUGUCAGAUGGACAACCAUCUGGCCUGUGUGAACUGUGUCCGGUGGAGUGGUAGCGGAACAAUGUUGGCAUCUUGCGCCGAUGACAAUCUGAUUAUGAUUUGGAAAAAAUCGGCUAGUGGUGGAAGUGCUUUCGGAUCAACAAAAUCGGUCGAGUACUGGCGGUGUAUUUCAACACUACGAGGCCAUGCUGGGGAUGUGUUGGAUUUGGCAUGGUCACCACAGGAUCAGUAUAUAGCUAGUUCAAGCGUCGAUAACACAGUUAUCAUUUGGGAUGCGAAGGAGUUUCCGAACAUUUUGGAAGUUUUGAAAGGACACACGGGGCUUGUGAAAGGGGUCACUUGGGACCCGGUUGGAAAGUUUGUUGCAUCGCAAAGCGAUGAUAAAACGUUAAAAAUUUGGAGAACGUCAGAUUUUUCGUUGUUUAAAACAAUCACCGAACCGUUUGAAGAGUGCGGAGGAACAACGCACAUUCUACGACUGUCGUGGUCUCCAGAUGGUCAAUAUUUAGUAUCCGCUCAUGCCAUGAACGGAGGAGGUCCAACGGCACAAAUCAUCGAACGAGAUGGUUGGAAAUGUGACAAAGAUUUUGUUGGACAUCGGAAAGCGGUUACUUGCGUAAGGUUUCACAAUUCCAUCCUGAAAAGGACCGCGCCGAAAACGAACAAACCGCAACAGUACUGCUGUUUAGCUGUUGGAGCACGAGAUAAAAGUUUGUCGGUUUGGCUGACUGCUUUGCAACGCCCGCUGGUGGUCAUUCAUGAUCUCUUUCAGGAUUCGAUUUUAGAUCUCAGUUGGAGUCAUAAUGGCUACAUUUUGCUAGCUUGCAGCGGCGAUGGUCACGUGGCAUGUCUACAAUUCAACGAGGAAGAAUUGGGGAAACCUCUUUCAGAAGAGGACAAGAACAGCCUCUACCAGCGAAUGUAUGGGCAGGACAUUACUUUGGAUCUUAAUGCUCAAUCUGGUAGAGGCAUGAUUAUAGAAGAUGCAGAUCUGUUGAAUGCAACACAGAAGUUGACUAUUCCAUCGUUGGCCUCUCAACUGCAACAAAUUGAGGGGGAGAAAUCUGGCAUCAACAAGGAAUCAAAUGUUCAAAUGGAAAGCCCUGUCGGUGCUGCUAUCCAGUCUUCCGCAAGUCAAGAUACUCAACGUCAAAUUCUGAGGCAAAUUGAAACUAAAACUGCCGAUGGGAAACGAAGAAUCACUCCCAUGUUUGUUCCCCUAACUGACGAGACGGAGGCAUCCACGAGUGGUCAAUUUUCUAGCAGUAGUGCUAGUAAGAGCAACAUUAUUACAGUAGAGAAAACACCUGAACCGACAGGUGUUCAAAGUAGCAACACGGCAGCCGAUAGUGUAGAUAGUUUAGUAAACCAAACCGUUAAACUAGACAUUCGGUUAAAGAAACGUAAUCCUGUAGAUCCGCCAUAUCGAACGGACGUCUUUUCAACUUCAAACGAUAGUCAGAAGGAAGCUUCCAGUUCAAACAAACGGUCUGAAGCAGGAGGAAGCCAACCACAGCCGGUAGUUUCUGGCAAAGCAACCCCGCUCAAGGGUACUGUGACCAAGGCGAUGGGCGAUUAUCGGAUAAUGGUCACUAACGGAGCUAUUAAAACUGGUUACGGUAUGCUCUGUCGGGUAGUUGGAAAUCUUCUGACGGUACCACGUUCGGACAAGAAGAUAUGGGAAACGGUCAUCGGGUCACCGGUUGUCAGUUUAUGCGUAUCGAAGACGUGUGUUGUGUUUUGCAGCAUGGAUGGAAGCAUUCGAUUUUUAAGCAUUAAAACAGGAUCACCGGUACUACCAGUAAUGAGUCUGACAAGUCCGGUGGUACAUUGUGCUUUCAGCAGCAAUUGUAAAUUGGGCGCGGUCAUCACAGAGAAUUGCUCCUUGCGGGUCUGGGAUCUAGAGGAGCAAAGUGUUUUUCUCAACGGCAGUUGUAAGGAUAUUAUGGGCACUAGUUAUGCUACCAUACUGCAUCUUUCCGACAAUGGUGUUCCCUUCAUUGUCCUGGCAAAUGGUUCAUCGUUCACGUAUAGCAAGAAAUUGGAAAGUUGGUUAAUCACCAAUUCCAACGAUCCAGUUAUGAGGCAUGGUUUGUUUGGCACCAAACUUGGCUCUACUGUGCGCAACAUUAAAGCCUUUCCACUAACUGCGGUGCAGUCAUUCUCAACCUUUCCGCAAAUAAAUCCUAGAAGUUUUCUUGAAGCGCCAACAACUGGUUGGCAAUAUCCGGCAAUGCUUGCGUUUACCGAGAACCAGAUUAGAAUAGCGGAAAUGAUAAACUCUCCGCUGGAGCUAAAGCACUGGUAUCAGAUGCUGGGCUUUCAAUUAGCUCAGAACGGAACCGAGGAAAAGGUGCGCCAAGUGUUGGACGAUCUGCUAGGGUCGCCCUUUCAGUCCGGCAGCAAUGCCACUAUUCUUGAUAUUCCGAAGCAUGAAUUUCUGGAGUUAAUUCUCAGUCAGCUGAAAACACAACCUCAGUGGCAGCGAAUCUAUAUGGAAUAUGCGGACCAGUUGAAAUUUGCAAAACAGGAUGAUACCAGCAAGGCAAUGGAGAGUUAGUACCUUUUUGUAUGUGAUUUGUUUGUUUCGCCCCGGUCCGGCCAGCAUAAAAUGCACCUCAUAUCGACGUUAAACGAUAGCGAU